AAAGAAGUCGGCGAGUCGCAACGGCCCGUCGCUGUGUGGUGCCUGCUGCUUUGGCUUUGAUUGCAUCAGAUGACUCGAUUGGAAUCUGACGACGACGACGCUUGCACCUGCACAUUCUGCCCUCAUCUGCACCUUCCUCAUGGUCACCCGUGAUAUCCUGCGAGACAUUUCCUCAUCCGCUCCUGCCAACAGCACAUCGACGACAUUCAGGCCGAUUCGCUCAUUCUGACGUCGGCAGAGGCUUAUCAGAUUGCGAAACCAUCAGGGUCUUCAAAUCGAGCGAUAAUCGACCUUCACCGCCCGGACAUACGGGACACACGACACCUCCCUCGCACCUUCCACUUGGACGACGUCUUUGUCCGUAAGUAGCUCGGAGCUGUUCAAAUGUCCUCUGAGCUGCAUCAUGCCGCACUCGAGAUACGACAGCCCGGAUCAUGACGCUGUCGACGACCGACUCUUCAAUCCGUUCUUCACCCACCGCCUGCAACAUGGAUCCGACCGACAGCGAAGCCCGAGCCCCCCUACCAACAGACAAGACAUCAUAAGGAGUUUAAAGACAAGGGGAGACGCCGAGAGACACAGACAACAUGACCGUCUACCAUCACCGACGCGGAUCCCUCUGGACCAAGACAGCAACGCUCUCGGCCUCGACAUCCUCCGUCCACGUUCUGCACUACACCGCGGCGACUUCAGGGAAGACGGGGACUCUCAACAUGCCAUAUCCACAUCGCCCAUCGUACCGUGGCAUGCGCACUCACAACUUUUCCAACGGCCCAGAGCCGCGUCGCAGGCUUCGUUAUCUACCAGCUUUUCUUAUCAGCCGCCGACAAGCCCGCUAGUCCACCAAGCCAACGCUGCAGAUAUGCCCGACCAGGAGCAGGACCACUUUACACCUACAAGGAUUUCACAGCCACUCUUACAUCGACAUUCCUCGUUGCGUGCUUUUGCCUACCAAGCACAUCAACCUCGUCGCUCUAUAGGCUCUAUCGGUAGUCUGCCGCAACCUCCGUUUCCAUCCACUCGCCGACCUUCCAUCACUGACGCCUCCCCACUGCAACAUGCUCCCAUGGUCGGCUCAUAUGAGGAAAGCAUUUUACGAGGCCGCAUGUCAACCACGCCAUCGAAACCACUGCAUUUCGUCGCCCAGAUCGGUGUGCUUGGCAAAGGUGACUGCAAGCUGAGUCUCAAGUGUCCACCCCAUGUUUCCAUUCCAUUUCCUGCCGUCUUCUACAGCUAUGCCUCUGGUACUCACACUGACCCUGAGCCCAGCCCAUAUGUGGGCAUGCUCGACCUGGAGAACAACCUGAAAAAGCCAGCCGAGACUGAUGCCGUCACGUCACGACGAAGACGGGAACAUCAUCACGACCAGCAUCACAACAGAGUCACCCCACUUGACGGACAUGACAACAAUUCUCUUGACCAUGACAAGCUACAUCGACGUCAACACAAACUGUCUCGAAGGCUAAACGCUCCGACGGGGGGUUCUUAUCGUAUCCCCGAACUAGGCCAACUCCAGAUUGUCAUCAAGAACCCCAACAAGACUGCGGUCAAGCUCUUUCUCGUUCCUUACGACCUCAGCGACAUGCCUCCGGGAACAAAGACCUUCAUCCGACAGCGCUCUUACUCUGCUGGUCCCAUCAUCGACCAGCCAAUCUCAAACAUCACCAGCCAUCGAGAUGUCGGAGUGGAGAAACCAGUGCUUAGAUAUUUGAUACAUCUCAACAUCUGCUCAACAGCAAAGGGCAGAUAUUACCUCUAUGGCGGGACAAGAGUGGUAUUCGCAAACAGAGUUCCGGAUGCCAAGGAGAAAUUGCGCACAGAGAUGCAAAUGCCUGAACCAAGAUACUCUGCUUGGAAGCCCUCUACUACGCUUCCAGGAGCCGACGCCGCCGCCGCAGAGAAAGCAGCAGAGGCAAAGAGGCGUCGCAGUGCCGUCUUCCCUUCUCACUCCACAUAUGGCAUUUACCCGCAACUAUCAUCUGCUUCUGUGGAUGACACGACGUCAUUCCCAAGUCUGUCCUUCAGAAGUCGCCCACUUUCAACCUUGGAGAGCCGACCGCAUAGUCGUGGUGAAAUGGAUGUGGACGUGGACAUGGAACAUACCAAUCCAUACAGAAAGUAUGAGCUCGAGAAGAAACAAGGAUUCACCUUUGAAAGACAGGAAAAGGGCGCAGAAGUUAAAGGGAGACAGGAAAGUUUGCUCUCGAGAAAGUUGAGGGAUUUGGAAGUUCGAGGAGAACAGGCAUGAUUUGGAAUCUGCUACAUUGUUAUGGGUGUUCGGUCUGCGGCACAGGAUGGGCAUACGCAUGAGAAAUAAUGGCGUUUGAAUAUAUAUACAUUAGCAUAAGUGUUGGAGUUUGGUCAUCAUCAGGUGCAGUUGUCCAGGGGGUUUCUGGCACCAUAAUCCGGAGUUUUAUUACUAAGCCUUCAAAUACGCAUAUUCCAUGCCAACUCGUAAUGGGAGUAUCAACUUUGAACUUUCUCCAUUGCACCGGCUUGUAGAUUAGAAAGAACUUCUACUCUACUGGACCAUGUUCCAGUGUAUACAAAAGCAUCCUCAGUUUUUCACC